GGCCGGGUGAGGGGCGGGGCCAGGCGGCUGAGGUGGCGAGCGGAGCGGGCGCGGGGCGCAGAGCGGUCGGCGUCAUGGGACAGAUCGAGUGGGCUAUGUGGGCCAACGAGCAGGCGCUGGCGUCCGGCCUGAUCCUCAUCACCGGCGGCAUCGUGGCCACCACCGGACGCUUCGCCCAGUGGUACUUCGGUGCCUACUCCAUUGUGGCGGGCGUGUUCGUGUGCCUGCUGGAGUACCCUCGGGGCAAGAGGAGGAAGGGCUCCACCAUGGAGCGCUGUGGGCAGAAGUACAUGGCGGCCGUGGUGAAGCUGUUUGGGCCCCUGACCAGGAACUACUACGUCCGGGCCACGCUGCACCUGCUGUUGGCGGUGCCCGCGGGCUUCCUGCUGGCCACCAUCCUGGGAACCGUGUGCCUGGCCAUCGCGAGCGGCAUCUACCUGCUGGCGGCCAUUCGCGGUGAGCAGUGGAUGCCUAUCGAGCCCAAGCCCAAGGAACGGCCACAGGUGGAAGCUAUCAAGCAGCCACCCAGCAACCCCCCGCCCCGGCCUCCCGUUGAAGCCCGAAAGAAGCCCAGUGAGGAGGAGGAGGCGGAGGCGGCGGCGGCGGGUGGCGGCCCCCAGGUCAACCCCGUCCCGGUGACCGAUGAGGUGGUGUAACCCGUCCUGGAGCCCGCCUGUGGCUCUGCCGCCAUCGCCGGGUGGCCACUAGAGGGCGCCACGGCCACCCCAAUAAACUCGGCGACUGGCUCCUUC